CUUCACAUCUGAGAGCGAUGGCUUCUGAGGUGGUGUGUGGUCUGAUCUUCAGAGUGCUGUUGCCAGUGUGUCUGGCGGCAGCAUGUCUGUUCAGGUACAAUGGACUGUCCUUCAUCUACCUCCUCUACCUCCUCCUCAUCCCUCUGUUUCCCGAACCCUCCAGCAUAACCAUGCAAGGUUACACGGGGCACUUGCUGAAGUCUUUAUGCUUCUGCAGUAUGACCUUCCUCUUCAUCCACAUCGUCUAUCAAAUCACCAUCCACAGUUUGCUGGCUGCAAACUCUAUCGGUUCUGAAUUCAACUGUUCAGUGUGGGAGAAGUCAAUACGACAGAUUGGCUUCGAGAGUGUUAUCGGUGCAGACGCAGGCAAUGGCAUCCGAGUUUUCCUGCCGGACAUUGGGAUGUUCAUGGCCAGUCUGUCCGUGUGGCUGCUGUGCAGAAAGCUGGUCCACAAGCGUCCCAGUGAAGAAAUGGCCCAGGACAACCAUGACUUUGAGGCCGAGGAGAAGGAGAAUGACGAGAAAGUGGAAGAUGAUGAUGAUGAUGACGAGAUGCUCUAUGACGAGGACUUUGAUGCAGAAGACGAGGCAGAGGAAGAGGAUGGGGAGGGAGGAGGUCUGGAGGAGGAAGAGGAGGAGGAGGUGCAGGAGAGCACAAAGAUGAAGAUUCUGCGCAGAGUAGCAGGAGUCGCAAACAAACUCAAAGAGAUCAUCGGUAACCUCAUCACAACCGCUGGACAAGUGGUGGUUACCAUUCUACUGGGAUUAACAGGUGUCACGCUGCCCUCUCUGAGCUCAGCCGUCUACUUCUUUGUGUUUUUGGGGCUGUGCACGUGGUGGUCGCUCUGCAAGACCUUCGACAAGCUGCUCUUCAGCUGUCUGUGUGUCCUCAUGGCCAUCUUCAGUGCUGGUCAUCUUAUCAUACUUUAUUCCAACCAGUUCCAGUUCCUGCAGGAGGCCAUCAGCCUCAACGACAGCUACACCAGUUUGUUUGGCAUCUCCUCCAUCGUUCGAACCGACUGUUCCUCAACCUGGAAGCUUGCUGUCAACAGUGGUCUGAACUGGCACCAUUUUGUCAAUCCCAUCAUGCUCUUGGUCCUGUACUACACACUGGCCACCUUGAUCCGUCUGUGGCUGCAAGAUCCCAUGAUCAUGCAGGAGAGUGAGGAAGAGGAGAUAAACGAGGGAAAUGAGGCCGCGGGAAACAGCUUCAUUCACACGUCGAUCGGGAAGCGGCUGCUCUGGUGGAAAGCGCAUCAGAAAACUGAGGAAAGAAAUCUCAUUUCCACUCAGGACGGGUACAGCACCUUGGAGGUUGUGGUGGUCAACUCAAAUGGGACGUCGUUUGAUUAUGUCUCCGCUGUGCCCAUUGAGAACGGACCGGUCAGUCUGGACAUUUACUCAACUCCUCAGUACAAAACGGAUGAAAACACGAAUGAGAUCUUGGACUCACAGCUGGAGGAGGAAGAGGAGAAGACAGAUGCGGAAGAGGAAGAGGAAGAGCAGGGUGGACCACCAGGCGCUCUCGUGAAAGUGUUCAAGUUUGUCAUGAAGCAGAGCUACAUCUGUGCUCUUAUUGCUAUGAUGGCGUGGAGUAUAACGUACGUUAGCUGGCUGACGUUUGUCUUUCUGCUGUGGUCCUGUACUCUGUGGAUGGUACGUGACCGGAGGAAAUACGCCAUGAUGACCUCGCCGUUCAUGGUGGCCUAUGGGAACCUCCUGUUGGUCCUUCAGUAUAUCUGGUGUUUUGAGCGCUUGGAUCCAGUGCCGGGUUUCUUUCUGAAGAUGGAGGUGCCCUUCACUGAACUGAGCACCAAGGUUCUGUGUCAGCUGAGUUUCUGGCUUCUGCUCAGACAAACUUUGAUGGAGAGACAAGAGAAGAUGGAAGAGGAAGCAGCUCUUUGUGACGUCCAAAUAGAUGAGCAGAAAAAAGAGGAAGAGAAAGACAAAGAGGAAGAGGAGGGGGACGAGAACGACCUGAUGCAUGUGAUUGGGAAACUAGUGAUGGCUCUGCUGGUGAAAUACUGGAUCUAUGUUUGCGGAGGAAUGUUCUUCUUCGUCAGCUUCGAAGGAAAGAUGGUCAUGUACAAGAUCAUCUACAUGAUGAUGUUUCUGUCCUGCGUGGCUCUUUACCAGGUGCUGCACUGCUAAAAAUAUGUUAUGUUUAUAUAUUUAAUAUAUUUAUAUAUUAUAUAAUUAAUAUUAAUAUAAAUAUAUACAUAUUCUGGCCAAAAUGAAACCGUUUUAAGUCCGAAUAAUGCAGUAAUGGUUCUCUGUUUGUCUCUCAGACUGAAGGACAUCGGUCUGGAGAGGUACGUCCUCUCUGAUCUGUUCACCCGUAUCUUCAUCCCCACGUCCUUCCUGCUGGUCUGCAUCCUGCACCUGCAUUACUUCCACGACCACUUCCUGCAGCUCACCGAUCUCAAAGCCAUCAUCAGCAAAGAGCAGAGCACCAUUUACAGCUAUACUAAAGUCAGUGGUCGUAUCUAUCUGAUCGUGGAUAGACUGGCUCAUCCUGACGGGAGUCUGGCGGAUCUGACGAUGAUGAGCACCUCUCCAGAGCCGCUGCUGAAGGAGGAGAAGGAGAAAGAGUCCAUGAACGAGGUGCUGGUUGUGGACUGUGUGGAGGAGGAGAAGAAGAAAGAGUCUCUGUCCAUCCAUUCAGCUCACCUGUCCAGUCAGGAGGACAUUCAGCAGUUCAGUGCCGCCACAGAUCCAGAACUGCCCUCAGAACAGAGCUCAGACCUCAAGAAUAAAUGGCAUUUGGUGGUGGACCGGCUCACGGUCCUGUUCCUCAAGUUCCUGGAGUACUUCCAUAAGCUGAAGCUCUUCAUCUGGUGGCUCCUGGAGAUGCACAUCAUCAAGAUCGUGUCCACUUACAUCAUCCUGCUGUCUGUCAAAGAGGUUUCGCUGCUGAACUAUGCGUUUUUGAUCUCGUGGGCGUUUGCGCUGCCGUAUCAGCAGUUUCGAGUGCUCGCUUCCAGCGUUUGCACCAUCUGGACAUGUGUCAUCAUCAUCUGCAAGUUGUUUUAUCAGCUAGAGACCAUCGAACCUAAUAACUACUCAAGUAUUUGUACUAUGCCAUCCAACUACACAGAACAGCAAAAGAUGGAUAUGAAUCAUUCCCUACUGUACCGGAAGCCCGUGGAUCCUGCAAACUGGGUCGGCCUGGAGAAGUUUGUUGAUAUACUGCCCAACCUGAGGAAUAACUUGUUGAUGUUGGCCAUCUUGGCGUUUGAAGUCACCAUUUACAGACACCAGGAGUUUUUCCGUCUGAGAAACAAACUCUCUCCUCCUCCCUCUCGGACCAUCUUUCACAACAUCACCCGGCAACACCUCGACAAUGGCAUCAUCAAGUGUGCCAAAUACUUCAUCAACUACUUCUUCUACAAGUUUGGUUUAGAGGUGUGUUUCUUGUUGGCGAUCAAUGUGAUGGGUCAGCGGAUGGAUUUCUACUCCAUGCUGCACGGUUUGGCUCUGGCUGUGGUGAUGUACAGACGCCGGAGGAAAGCCAUCGCUGAGAUCUGGCCCAAAUACUGCUGCUUCCUGGCCUGCAUGAUCACCUUCCAGUACUUCAUCUGCAUUGGAAUCCCACCGGCUGCUUGUAACGAUUAUCCCUGGAGGUUUACUGGCUCCAUGAUGGAUUCUGACGUCAUUAAAUGGCUUUACCUUCCUGAUUUCCACACUCAGCCCAACUCCAUGUUCCUCGUCUAUGACUUCAUGCUGCUGCUGUGUGCGUCGCUGCAGAGGCAGGUGUUUGAAGAUGAAAACAAAGCUGCCGUUCGUCUGAUGGCGGGAGAUAACGUGGAGAUCUGCAGAGAUUUGGACGCAGCGUCCUUCAGCGUUCACAACCCCGUACCAGACUUCAUUCACUGCAGGUCGUACCUGGACAUGCUGAAGGUAAUCAUGUUUAGCUACCUGUUCUGGUUCGUGCUGACCAUCAUCUUCAUCACGGGCACGACUCGGAUCAGUGUCUUCUGCAUGGGUUACCUGGUGGCGUGUUUUUACUUCCUGCUCUUCGGUGGCGAUCUCUUGCUCAAGCCAAUCAAGAAGAUCCUCCGUUACUGGGAUGUCCUCAUAGCUUACAAUGUCUUCGUCAUCACAAUGAAGAACGUGUUUGCUAUUUUGGCAUGUGGUUAUAUCAAGCAUUUGGUGAAGAAUAGCUGCUGGUUGGUUCAGCUGCUCAGUCUUGCCUGCACCAUAAAAGAAUACAAAGCUCUAGAAGAGAAUUGUGAGGUGCCAAAGGACGAGGCUGGGAUUAUCUGGGACAGUAUCUGCUUUACGUUCCUCCUGCUGCAGAGACGUGUCUUCAUGAGCUACUACUUCCUGCAUGUGGUCGCAGACAUCCGCGCCGGACAGAUUCUCGCAUCUCGAGGAGCAGAGUUGUUUCAGGCCAGCAUUGUGAAGGCCGUGAGAGCUCGUCUGGAGGAGGAGAAGAGAUCCAUGGAGCAACUGAAGAGACAGAUGGAUCAUAUUAAGACGCGGCAGCAGAAGUUCAAGAGAGGAAAGGAGAAGAUGCUCAGCAUGGCUCAGGAGUCUGGAGACGAGCAGAAACUCAUCCAGCCUGACGACAACGACGACGGUGAUGAUGAUGAGAAAAAGAAAAACAAGGUGCACAAAAAGCAGUGGUGGAGGCCUUGGGUUGACCAUGCGUCCAUGGUGAGAAGUGGUGAUUAUUACCUGUUUGAAACUGACAGUGAAGAGGAAGAGGAAGAGGAGGAGAAAAAAGAUGAAGAACCACCCAAGAGAUCAGCCUUCCUGUUUGUGUAUCACACCUGGAUCGUUGACUCUAAAGCAGCCCUGAAAGAAAGAGGCAAAGGGAGACGUCAUUUCUGGAAGCGAUAUGGCCGCAGACGUAGAAAAGACAAGAAAGAAGGUAUGAUCGGUGAAGAAGAUCGUCAGAGUUCAGAGGAAGACAAAACGGACGGACCAGACAACAUCAUCAAGAGGGUCGUCAACAUCAUCAAGUUCACCUGGGUGCUGUUUCUGACCACCGUUGAGAGCAUCACCAAGUGGCUGAACUCCGUCUGCAGAGAAUACAUCGACAUCUCCACCGUUCUGCGCAUCGAGCGCUGCAUGCUGACCAGAGAAGUCAAGAAGGGAAACGUGCCAUCCCGUGAGAGCAUCCAUGUGUACUACCAGAAGCAGAUGAAACUGAACGGAUCUCGUGAAUCUGGACUGGACCGGAUCAGUGAGGAGGACUCCUGCUCAAACAGAGAGCGCCGCAGACGAGUCAGCCACAGCCUGGAUUCCUUCGCUUCCAGAGACAGCAUCUCCAGCGCAUACACCGAAGCCACCAUGCUGUUUUCCCGUCAGUCCACCUUGGAUGACUUGGACGACAUGCCUCAGAAUAUUCCCAAAACCAGCGAACGCGCUCGUCCCAAGCUGCGCAAAAUGUAUGGUCUGGACAUGUCCAACUCCUCUGCGGACAGCGGAAGCAGCGUCAUGUCCAGUGAAGCUACUCAGUGCGUCACACUGUUCUCUCGGCAAGGAACCAAUGACACUAUAGACGAGGUCGAGGACGAGAGAGAACAGGUGCAGGUGAAAGAGGAGGAAACCGCAGAGACUGUUGAGGACAAACCUGAGAGAGCAGAUCAUGAGGAAGUGAAAGAGGAAGAAGUGAAACAGGAAGCAACGAAUGAGCCGGCAGAGGAAGUGACUCAGGAAAAGACAGAUGAGCCAGCAGAGGAAGCGACAGAUGAGCCGGCAGAGGAAGUGACACAGGAAGAGACAGGUGAGCUGGAAGAGGAAGUGACAGAUGAGCCAGCAGAGGAAGUGACACAGGAAGAGACAGGUGAGCUGGAAGAGGAAGUGACACAGGAAGUGACAGAUGAGCCAGCAGAGGAAGUGACAGGAGACGUGGAAGAGGAAGUCCAAUGGGAUUCAGUGGAUCCAGAGGAAGCAGUUGAAGAUGUUCAGGUUCCUCAGCUGGAUUGUGAGGAGCAUCAAAAAGAAGAGCAGUACAUUACUGAAGAUGAGGACGGUAAACAGCCGAUCCGACAGGAUGAAGGUGAAUCAUCAGGACUGGAGAACGUGAUCAGCGGGCAUCUUUUCACCCCGGACACAGACGCCCCCAACACCUCGGACGCUGACGUGCCGCCCAGCUACAGCAAAGCCGUGAGCUUCGACCGUCUGUCUUUGAGCUCGGACGAAAGUGACAGUGACAAACGGCUGAUGCUGAUGACGCCCGACAGCAGAUCUGAUCUGGACGACCCUCUGCUGCCCUCCAUGACCACCGAUCUGACCGCCAGCGAACUGCUGCUCAACAAAAUGUUCUAUGAUGAGGAGCUGGAGAAUUCUGAGCAUUUCUAUAAAUCGCAGCCACUCGGGCUCCAGCUGUGUUACGCUCUCUAUAACCUGCUGGUGGCGCACUCGGAGAUGGUCUGUUACCUGAUCAUCAUCCUCAACCACAUGAUCUCGGCUUCCAUGGCAACACUGGUGCUGCCCAUCCUCAUCUUCCUGUGGGCGAUGCUCUCUGUUCCUCGGCCCAGCAAGCGUUUCUGGAUGACGGCCAUCGUGUACACAGAGGUCACAAUCGUCGUCAAAUACUUCUUCCAGUUCAGUUUUUUCCCAUUCAACCAGAACCUGGAUGUCACCAAGGGGAAGCCAUACCAUCCGCCCAACAUCAUCGGCACAGAAAGGAAAGAAGGAUACGUGCACUAUGACCUGGUUCAGCUGCUGGUGCUGUUUUUCCACCGAUCCAUACUAAAGUGUCACGGUCUCUGGGAUGAAGACGACCCUAAAGCAUCCCGUAAGGAUGAGUGUCUUCAUCAGGACGAUUCUGUGGACGAGGGGAAGAUGGCGGUGUCGAUUCCACCUGAGGAAGAGAAGAGGAGUUCUCCAGCGUACUCGCUCAAGUCCGUGAACCUCGGCAUGUCCGUGGACUCGUCCCAGGUGCACGUGCAAAUACUUUACCCUGAGCAUCGGCCUCACCUGCGGCGGCAGAGCACUAGCGGAUCUCACCUGUCCCGUCGCUCAUCUGUGCGCUCCAAACGUGGCAGCACAAGCACACGGAACAGCAUUCGAAGGGAAAACAGCACCAUAGAGCCAGAAGUACCACAGAAGAGCCGCAAAGAAAUGAUCAUGGAGAAGGUCCGAGAGCAGCUCAUCAAAGCAAAGGUUUAUGUGAUCAAAAAAUUGGUUGAGUUCUAUCAGCCCAUCCGUCAGUUCUUCUAUAACCUGAUCCACCCUGAGUACAACGCCGUGACAGAUGUUUACGUCUUGAUGUUUCUAGCAGACACUGUUGAUUUCAUCAUUAUUGUCUUUGGCUUCUGGGCAUUUGGGAAACAUCAGGGAGGUGCUGAUAUCACAUCCUCGCUGUCAGAAGACCAAGUUCCCGGGCCGUUCCUUGUCAUGGUGCUCAUCCAGUUCGGCACGAUGGUGGUGGAUCGCGCCCUGUACCUCCGCAAGACAGUGAUGGGAAAAGUGAUUUUCCAGGUCGUCCUUGUGUUCGGCAUCCAUUUCUGGAUGUUUUUCAUCCUACCAGGAAUCACAGACAGGCGCUUCAGUCAGAACACUAUCGCUCAGCUGUGGUACUUUGUGAAAUGCAUUUACUUUGGCCUGUCAGCGUAUCAGAUCCGCUGUGGCUAUCCGACUCGCAUCCUGGGAAACUUCCUCACCAAGAGCUACAGCUACGUCAACCUCUUCCUCUUCCAGGGGUUCCGUCUGAUCCCGUUCCUGACGGAGUUGCGGGCGGUGAUGGACUGGGUUUGGACGGACACGACGCUCAGCUUGUCUAGCUGGAUCUGUGUGGAGGACAUCUACGCUCACAUCUUCAUCCUCAAAUGCUGGAGGGAGUCCGAGAAGCGUUACCCUCAGCCGCGCGGGCAGAAGAAGAAGAAGGUUGUGAAGUAUGGAAUGGGUGGCAUGAUCGUGAUGCUCCUGAUCUGCAUCGUUUGGUUCCCGCUGCUCUUCAUGUCUCUGAUCAAAUCUGUGGCAGGAGUGGUCAACACUCCGCUGGACGUGUCCGUCACGCUCACGCUGGGAGGACUUCAGCCGAUCUUCACGAUGAGUGCCCAGCAGAACCAUCUGAAAAAUGUGUCUUCUGCAGAGUUUGACAAGUUUUCAAAAAUAUACAGCUCUGAUGCAAAUGCCAUGCAGUUCCUGGAGUCUUAUGUUUAUGAGGAUUUGACAAUAGCCAAACUAGAAGGAAGUUCCAACUCACUCUGGACCAUCAGCCCCCCGAGCAAGGAGAACCUCAUUAAAAUGCUCAAUAACACAGACGAGAAGUUUCCUCUCACCUUCACCUGGUCCAUACAGAGGAACCUCAGUUUAGGUGCCAAAGCUGAAACUGCGAUAGGGAAACACUAUAUUGACUUGGACAAAGAAACGAGAACUAAUCUAACAAAUCUGCUGAAUGGAACUGAGCACAAAGAAGUGACCAUCAAAUGCAUUUUUCCAAGAUACAUCAGAGCACCGAGCGACUCCAAUGCCAAGCCUAUUGAGCAGCUUUACCUCGAUAAAGGAUACAUGAACAUCACACUGUCCUUACAUAAAUCCAGUAAAGAUAGUGCAGAGGGCAUCCAGGAGUGGUGGAUCGUGAAUCAGACAGAAGCAGGGCCGUUAUCUGUGGGCUCAGCCAGGAAUGCAAAUGAAUCUGGUCUGGAGCUCUACAUCAUCAGUGACCAAGUCAGUCCACCCAGUCUGGGCUUUCUGGCUGGUUAUGGGAUCAUGGGUCUGUACAUGUCGGUGGUUCUGGUUAUCGGGAAGUUCGUGCGCGAGUUCUUCAGCGGGAUCUCACACACCAUCAUGUUCGAAGAGCUGCCCAACGUGGACCGGAUCCUCAAGCUCUGCACCGACAUCUUCCUGGUCCGAGAGACGGGGGAACUGGACCUGGAGGAAGACCUGUACGCCAAACUCAUCUUCCUCUACCGCUCUCCAGAAACCAUGAUCAAGUGGACCAGAGAGAAGAGUGAGUGACGCUGACCUUCGGAGGAACUCUAAACGAACCACGAGAAGCACAAAGCGGGAAUUGUGCCUCCUUCCCAAAGCGCACGGUUGGAUUGAACCGAUUGUUCUUCAUGCUAACUGAUGAAACGUUAGCACUCGUGUAGUUUUCACCCAGUGCACUUGCUAGUGUUUUGUAAGGGCUUGAUAAGUGAACUUUAGGGCUUCCAGGCAUGCGCCACUUUGAUACGACUCUCGCCUUUGGGAGUGCAUGCGACGUGAUGGACGUAGACGAGAAAUACUCAACCUCCUACAGACUUUGGGCUUGAUUUUGAACGUCUCUCUGAAUUCUGAAGGCGAGAACCGAAGCCCUGUAGGCGGCGCUGUGAAUUACGUGACAAUCUCUAUUUGCCUUAUUUCAUUUGUACAAUCAACUAGACGCAUCAUUAUCCACCACCUUUCUCAGGAAUACAUUCGGAUCAUUUCACCACGACGGGAUCUCAACCUUUUUUCUCAUGCACGACACGGUGUGAAGAGGAACGUACGCAACAGUAAUAACGUCACUCCUUGGGGACUUUAAGGAGAUCAUCUGUAAUUUAUGAACACAGAUUUGGAAUGUGAAAAGGACAUUUAGUGUUUUAUAAGGCUUGAAGUAGAAUGACUUUUCAAAACUAAUGGGAGAUUUUCACAUUACAAUGAAUGAUUUAUCAGUUU